CAGACUAUAAGAGCUCCCCAACUUUUGUCCUUUCAACCUAACUUAAAGUCGCUUGGAAUCCCGGAUACCUAGUUAUUUCCUCCACAAUUUACAACGCACGCUUGGAAUUGUAUUUCACCCUCAUGAGGGAAUAGCGUCUUGUUCGCAGGCGCUUUCAGCAGACUUGAACGAGAUGCCCGAAGAGCCCGCGCGAGACUCCUCCAGUUCCCCCGUGUCUCCUGCGGAUAGCCUCAGCAACAGCGACGGAGAGGCCGACAUACCACCGAAGAGGUGCGGAAGGAAAAGACGGUCGACUAGGAAAAACGGAGAGGAUUCCGAUAGCUCGACCCUUGGGAAAAGGGGGAAAAAGUCUAGCAACAGCAGCAACAGCCCUCAGUCUUUUGAGGAGCUGCAGACGCAGCGCGUGAUGGCGAACGUGCGCGAGCGGCAGAGGACGCAGUCGCUCAACGAUGCGUUUGCGGCGCUGCGCAAAAUCAUCCCCACUUUACCCUCCGACAAACUGAGCAAAAUACAGACGCUAAAACUCGCCGCCAGGUACAUCGAUUUUCUCUGUCAGGUUCUACAGAGUGACGAGCUGGACUCCAAGAUGGCAAGUUGUAGUUAUGUUGCUCACGAGCGUUUGAGCUACGCGUUCUCGGUUUGGAGGAUGGAGGGGGCUUGGUCCAUGUCUGCAUCUCACUAGUGUGCAGGGAAACUUUUUGUUUGUUUGUUUUCAGAUGGUGAAAGCCAAGAGCUUGGAAAACACGAGGAGCAAUGCGCCGGCACAGUGAUAGAUUCCUUUAUAAUCUUGGGGAAAACUGCAAAUGUUCCAAAAGAGGUCAUGGCUAUUAUCGGGAGAAGGCCACGGACAGGGAAUUGUUGCGCGUGCGCUGCAUACGGACUUCCUCGAGAGAGUUAUUAUUGACGACGAAUGUUAGAAAUGUGUGCAUAUGCAUGUCUUUUAUUUUUGUUUGUUUCUUAAGACUCAGCUGUGCAAUGCUUUCUUGGAGAAAGUGAAAUUGCAUCGCAAGGACUGUCGAUGAGAAGAUGGGGAAUGAUGCCUCUAGUUCGAAUCCUGUGCAAAAUAUAAAGUUUUAAUACAUUUUUAUUUAUUUAUUGAUGACACACUUUUUGAAAUGAAGGCAAAUGUUUCCUGUGUCGAAAUGCAUUCUUAUUUUUUGUUACUUUUGUAAAUAAAUGCGUAUUUCUGUAAUAAAGAUGAAUAACUUUUAAGACAUA